AGCAGCCAACACCUAGUAACGUCCCCGGGCGACAAGACCGCCAGCAGCAGAAGCAGAAAAAAAAGAAAGAGAAAAGAAAAAAGAGAAGCAACCAAAAAAAAACAUGUCAGCCGAAUCCGUACCCAUCACCCCCGAGCGCUUCGCCGCCGCCCUCAAAGACCUCCCCCUCUCCUCGCUGCACCUCAAGGUCCACGAGCUCCGCAACAGCAUCGCCCACCUGGAUUACUCUAACGAGCAGCUGCGGCCCUUCGCCGAGGGCAUCGCGCCCAUGGCCACGACGGACGAUCCCGGGACGCCCGCGGUGGGGACGCGGGGCGUGCCGGACCAGGACUGCGUCGACGCGAUCCGCGAGAACGAGGUCGUCAUCGAGCGCAUGCAGGAGCGCAUCCGGCUGGUCAGGGCGGAGGUCGAGAGCCGGGGGCUGAACUGGGACGAGUUUCAGAGCGGAGGAGGAGGAGGGGUGGAGGACGACAUUGACUUGCCGAAAGCAGAAGGGGAGACGGACACGGAAGAAGGGGAUGGGAGCCCGCUGGUGAACGGCGCCGGCGUGAAUGGCACCGCUGCCACAACAACAACAACAACAACAACAGCAGCAGCAGCAGCAGCACCAUCGACAACAACGACGGCCAAUGGGGAGCCGAGACAUCCAGCUUGGAUGGACGGGACGUUUCAGACUGGGGUGAUUCGGGAUGGCGUUGUGCGAAUGGAUUCUGAUCCUGCGAGACAAGCACAGGCGCGGCAGGGCGGCUCGCUUACGGACGAGGAGCUGAGGAGGCGGGUGGAGGAGCAGAUGAGAGGCCUGGGAGAUGAUGAGGAUGACGACGGGGAGGGCGGGUUACAUCUCUAGGUCAACAAAUUGCGUUGAUGGUACGGAGCUAUGCCGAGGAUCUAACCUUUUUUUCCCCUUUGGUGAGUUCUUUGAAGGUGUUGCAAUACGGGCCCGCCCCACUGCAGCUUCACUCUGGUACCCAAGAGCAGCCAAAGACAACUGACACGACAUACUUGUUUUAUAUUGAUGAUUACUGCGUGCGCCAACGCACGAUGCCUCCCGGGUUGUACAAUGAGAUUUGCCAGCUCAUGAGUAGCCUCGA